CAGACUGCUGUGACUGAAAGAGUCCACAUCGGAGUUUGUACUCGGCAACGUCGGAGGUCAUUUUUUCAAUAGAAGACCGGUGCGGGUAAACCGACGUGAUGGAGAGUGGAGAUGAUAGUGUCCUACGGUCCCGCUGCCGAGGCUUUCCUAAGAUGCCCACCUUCUCUGAUUUGGAUAGUUUUUUGGAUGGGGAAUGUAGCCCAGAACACCAGCAAAGCAAUGGAGAGAGCCACAUAACCAGCAAUGGAAAAAUUGAAGUAGAACAUGUGAUCAGCAAAAAGCUACAAUUGAAGAGGAAAGCAGAGUAUCUGAAGAGUGACCUGAUGCGUCAGUUUGACAGCCAGGUCAAUGACUUCAUGGACAGUCUUAUUGAGGAAUCUGCUACCCUGGAACCUGCACCUGUCCCCGCUGUCUUUUCACCACCACUGUCAGACAAAGAGAGGAGCAAACUCAGGCAUUUUCGGCCUCCUCAUGGCCAGGGCAAGCAGUUUGUUAGUCGCCGGUCCCUUCUGGAUGAGCUGUUUGAAGUGAACCACAUCAGGACUAUCUACCACAUGUUUAUUGCCCUGCUCAUUCUCUUCAUCCUCAGCACACUUGUGGUAGAUUUCAUUGAUGAAGGCAGGCUGGUGCUGGAUUUCAACCUGCUGGUCUAUGCAUUUGGACAGUUUCCCCUGGUGGUGUCUACAUGGAUCUGCAUGUUUCUUUCAGUGUUGGUGGUGCCCUACACCCUGUUCCACCUGUGGUCACAGACCCAGUCUGGCUCCUAUAGUCAUCCCAGGCUGUACAAUUUUCUGUUUGGCUCAGUAUUCCUAAUCUACCAAACUCUAGGUCUAGGAUUACUGCCCACAUAUGUAGUAGUGACCAACAGUUUGCCGCCUGCAUCCUGCUUCAUCAUCAUCCUGGAACAGGUGCGUCUAAUGAUGAAAGUCCAUUCCUUUGUCAGGGAGAAUGUACCAAGAUUCCUGACUGGGGCUAAAGACAAGACCAGCCCUGACCCAGCGGUGCCUCAGGUUUCUCAGUAUCUCUACUUUCUGUUUGCACCCACACUUAUCUACAGAGAUAAGUACCCCAGGAACCCAGUGAUCAGAUGGGGCUACGUGGCAUCAAAGCUACUCCAGGUACUAGGCUGUCUGUUUUAUGCCUAUUAUGUGUUUGUGCGGCUCUGCAUCCCUCAGUUCCGCAGCAUCAGUCUGCAGCUGUUAAACCUGAGGGCCAUGGUCCUCUGUGUAUUCAACUCCAUCCUGCCAGGAGUGUUGAUUCUCUUCCUGGGUUUCUUUGCCUUCCUCCAUUGUUGGCUCAAUGCAUUUGCUGAGAUGCUUCAAUUUGCGGAUAGGAUGUUUUACAAGGAUUGGUGGAAUUCAACAUCUUUUGCCAAUUAUUAUCGCACUUGGAAUGUAGUGGUCCACGACUGGCUGUAUUACUACGUGUACCGGGACUUCCUGUGGAUGUCUCAGAAGCGUUUCAGACCAGCAGCCAUGCUGUUUGUGUUUACAGUGUCAGCAGUCGUGCACGAGUACAUUCUUGCCAUCUGCUUUGGCUUCUUCUAUCCUGUGCUCUUCUGCCUGUUUAUGUGCUUUGGAAUGAUGUUCAACUUCAUUCUGCAUGACCGAAGGAAAGGUCCCAUCUGGAACGUAAUCAUGUGGACAUCCCUCUUCCUGGGUCAGGGAGUCAUUAUCUGUCUGUACUCCCAGGAGUGGUAUGCCCAGCGCUAUUGUCCCUUGAAAGAGGUAACACCUGAAGUAUUGUUUUAUGCCGUUGCCCCCAAAAGCAUGAUGUAUUUUCUCUACAUGGAUACAGUGUAACUCAGUUGAAAGUAUGUUGUUUUUGGUUUGUUUAUCACACACGUAGACACAAAUUCAACCUCAUUUGGUGGUGUUUUUGUUUCAGCCUUCCUUUCUAGAGUUACUGAAGCCUCGUUCCUGGAGCUGUCAGAGAGGACUGAUGGGGGACUGAGAGGCUGUGACCUACAUUUGGACCGCUGCUGAGGACCAUCACUGAUCAGUGGCAAUUUGACCAGCCUUUAUGUUACUGUCAUAACUUUUGACUCAUGUUUAUUUUAUUUUUAUUGCACUAAGGUCUUGACUGAGUCUUUGUACGAAUGUAUAGAAGAAGAUGAAAAAGUCCAAUAAGUAUCUGCCAAAAUGUUCUUCACUCAAAUAGCAGUCACAAUGAUGCCUUACUUAUCCGUUUUAUGUUCCCAAAAACAAACCCACAACAAAAUUACAAGUUCACAUAAAACCACAUGUGAACUCUUUUACUUUUAUGUACUAUUUAUUUUUCAGAUAUAUUCCCUAUCCUUCAACCUUGAUCAACUGUGAAACUACUGCUUGUGCCAAUAUGAUAGUGGCAAUCAUAGUAGGGCAGCUAAAGACAAAUAUUACACAAGACAAACACUGUUCACUUAUGCAGUAAUGGUGAAUAUUUAACAAAGUUAGCAAUGACUACUCUAUUGUAACGGACAUUCAGUAUAUUGUUUAGAAAGACAUUUGAAGUUAUUUAUUUUCAUUGCCAAUAAGAUUUAUGUUAGAAAAUGACCACUGUCUGUAUAAAUCUAUGAGAAACUGUGGCUCUAUAGUGGCUGCUGUAUUAUAACUUCAAGAUUGCAGUGCUGGCUUUUGUGAAGCACACAAUGAAGGUUGUGUCAAUAUGCAUGCAUUGUCAGGAUAUUACAUAUAUCAGAAAUGAAAUUUAUAUAAAUAUAGUAAAUCUGUAACUGAUGUUUCAGGCAUAGAGCUUUUAAAGACUGCUGGGGUAUACCUAAAUUCUUACAAUACCUAUAUUCCCAGGAACUUGAAGAUUAAUUGUGAAAUCAAAUGUAAUGGGUUUUUUUUCCAAGUUAAAAGGAAAGCAGUCAUUACAACUCAUGAGCAAACUAUCACUGAACUCCAUAAAAGAAAAUGUUAAACAAAAAAGAGAUGCUGUAUGGAGUUAAUAUAUUGUGUGACUGUUGAAUGUGUUCUUGAUUAUUCAAAUAUUUCAUUUGAACUGGUUUGAACAUCUACUGUAAACCUGCACAAUGUUUUAUAUUGUUUACGUUAUUCACAGUGACUUCAUUUAGGUGAAAUCACUACAGAAUAAUUAGUACUGUUAUUGUUGCAGCUGGCUGCGAAAAUGUUAUAAAGAUGGUGAUAAUACUUGAUUAGCACUAAGGGCCAUAGUUUGCUUCGUUAGAUACAGACUACAUUAAAUGAGUGUUUGCUGUUUGGUAAGACAUGUAUACAUUUUACAGAACAGUAAUUUCCAUGAAAGGCUAAUAUAAGGAAUUGAAUAUGCCCAGUGUGCUUUUAGUUCCUGUGGUCUUGAAAUAUGUGUGGACAUAUUUGUAUUAGUUUGAGGAAAUCAUUGCACAUUUAAUGUUGCCAAUUAUGACAGAUUUCAUUGCAGGGAGACUAUUUAUGCUUGUGAAUAGUGAGAUGCACAAUACAAAGUAAAAACCAGCAAUGCAAAACUCUGCAUGCCUAAAACUUGUUUGACCACAAGGUGGCACUGUAUUAAAAGUUUUAGUUUUGAUCUUUCUCAGCUCAUUUUGGCUGGAGUUUGUGGGCAGGAGCUGGAGAGGCUUCCUGAGUCCUUUGCAAAGAAAAUUGACCAACACAAGUACCAGCAACUUAUUUUUUUAAUAUGUAUAAACAAUAUUAAAAACAUUGGAAUGCCCCGUGGCAUUUAUUACAAAGUUUGAGCAAUAUUGCUUUCACUUCAUUUGAGAACUCCACAUUUGGUUGAAGUUGUUAUCUUACUUAAUGCAUUUGAGAUCCUGUUAUUAAGGAUAAUAUUUAUAGUAGACAAGAGCCAAACUGGAGAAAUGCAGAUUAUUUAGAUAAAUAAGAUUAAGAUAGGCCUAUUUAUUUUUGGGAGCAGAGUUUGCCUACUGACUGACUGUCUUAUUUUUGUUUAUUGUGGUUAUUAUCUAUUUUUUUCUUCUGGCCUUUAAUUGCUCUUUGUUUCAGGUGACAGUUUUGCAAAUCAGUAUGUUGUACAAUUUUCAGAUGUAUACAAAUGUAUGAAACAUUCCUUAAGAAAACUCAAUGACUAUGAGGGAUUAAGAAUUAAAUAAAAUCACAUAUGUU